AUGGGAUUUGUAUUUGCAUACAAGUUGAAAGGUCUUUCUCUCAAUCAAUGUUUGCCGGUGUUUGUUAAAUAUGCAUUUAAAGAAGGUCAAGAAAAACAACAUCCCAACCUUAUAGAGAUUGGAAAGGAAAUUGUAAAAAAAUGUAGAGGUGUUCCAUUGGCAAUAAGAGCCUUAGGAAGUCUUCUUUAUUCCUCAACUUUUGAACAAGAUUGGAUAAAUGUGAGGGAUAAUGAGAUAUGGAAGUUGGAUCAAAAGGAUAAUAGCAUUUUACAUGCUUUAAGAAUAAGUUAUAAUCACUUGUCACCUCCUUUGAAACAAUGUUUUGUUUAUUAUUCUGUAUUUCCAAAAGACUUCACAUUUCAUAACUGUGAUUUGGUUAACUUUUGGAUGGCCCAUGGGCUUCUGCAAGCGCACAAUGAAAAUGGAGAUUUCGAAAAUAUUGGCAUGCAAUAUGUAAAAGAAUUAAUGUGGAGAUCUUUCUUUCAAGAUAUUAGAGGUUUUCAUAAUGGUGUCUAUUCAUUUAAAAUACAUGAUCUAAUGCAUGAUGUUGCAGCAUUAUUGUUCCAAAAUGAGGGCGUAAUAGUGAAAGAGAGUAACCAAAUUACAGCCAAAACUUCUUAUCGACAUUUAUUAUAUCAUCAUUGGGAUGCAAGUCAAACGCAACCUCCAAGCUUUUUACCUAACCUGGGUAAUUUAAGAAGCAUUACGUUUUUUAAGCGUGUUGGAAAAGAUAUCAUUGUUAGCCAAUCAUUUUUAGAAUUAAUUGUCUCAAGAUUUCAGUUUUUGCAGUUAUUACAUUUAUUUGGUUUAAACAUUGAAGCAGUGCCUAAAAGAAUUGGUAAUUUGAAGCAUUUGAGAUUUUUGGAACUAUCAGAUAACCCGAAAAUAAAAAAACUCUCAAGUUCUAUUUACAAGCUACAAAGUUUGCAAUUUUUAUCGCUGUAUGAUUGUGAGAAACUAGAACAGUUAACCACAGAUGUUAAGCACUUAAUUAGUCUCAGAGUCUUAGCCUUAUCCACGAUGCAAAAGCAUCUACCAAAUAAUGGAAUUGGCUGCUUGAAUUCUCUUCGAUUUUUAGUUAUUCGCAAUUGCAGCAAAUUAGAAUAUUUGUGUGAAGAUAUUGGUCGCCCGAGAGUCAUUCGAAGACUAUGGAUUACUAAAUGUCCAAGUCUUAUCUCAUUACCACGUGGUGUAAGAAGCCUAAGCUCAUUAGAAGAACUUUGUUUGGUAGAUUGUGAAAGGCUUAAUCUUGAUUUCAGCACAGGAUCAGAUGAGCAACACAAUCAUGAAGAACUCAAUAGCACAGGGCCUCCCCUUCGAUUCCUUCAAAUUGGUAAUUUACCACAAUUGGUGAAAUUGCCGCAAUGGCUUCUUCGCAGUUCGACAAACACUAUGCAAACCUGGCUUAUUUGUUUCAUGUCAAAACUUUUGGGGAAACUUGAAUCAAAUGUGUGA